AUUCUGAAUAUGUUGAUGCUAGCGACUACCAAUUGCACCAACUAUACUUACUAGAUAUUUAUAAUCACCCUGAUAAGUCGUCUAUACUGGCAAAUAUUGUUAAAUCAUUUAUAGGCGGAUCUAAAGAUGAUGAUAAAUAUAGA